AUGAAAAUGGAUCAGAAGACGAUCAUCGUGUGCUCGGUCGUCGGCUCCCUCGGGGUGCUGAGUGCCAUCCUGGGGUUCUCUGCCGAGGGCACCAAGCUCACCGUUUCGGACUUGUACGUGGAUGGAGGGGUGUGCCUGUACCCGCAGAACCCCGCGCUCGGGCUCGGGGUCUGCGCCGCCAUCUUCCUCAUCGUGGCCCAGAUCGCCUUCGCGGUCGUCGGCGGCUGCUGCGGCUGCUGCAGGUCCCGCGCCAUCCCCUCCGAGAGCAACCGGAUCAUCGGCGUCGUCUGCGCCGUCUUCUCAUGGAUCAUGGCGAUAAUCGCGUUCUCGCUGCUGGUGACGGGCGCGGCGUGGAACACCACCGGGACGCGGGACCCGUCGCCGUUCGGGCUGUGCUACGUCCUCAAGGACGGCAUCUUCGCCGGCGGCGCCGUGCUCACGCUCGUCGCCACGGCCCUCGGGCUCACCUCCUACGUCAUGCUCCGCGGGCAGCCGGCCACCGCCGCGCCCAAGGAAGGCGAGCAGAUGCCGGCGGGCGCCGCCGUGAUCAGCAUGGGGCAGCCGCAGUUCCAGCAGCAGCCUCCGCAGGGGCAGGGGUACGGCCAAGCGCCGAACCCUCACUACGCCCCUCCUCCGGCACAAGGACAAGGCUAUGGAGCGCACACAGCCAACCAGCAGCAGCAGCAGCAGCAGCUACCCCCGCCUCCUGGACGAGGCUACGGGCAGUACCCUCCUCCUAAAGGACACGAACAGGUGUGA